AUGCGAUUCCUCUGCGUUCUGAUCCUCGCCUGCAUCCUGGCGAUCGCUUCGGCCGCUACGCCCACCCCGGCGGCUACGCCCACUCCGGCAGCUACGCCCACUCCGGCGGCUACGCCUACAGGGGAUUCGACUGCAACCACCACCACCACGACCACCACCACUACCACUACCACGACAGCUGCUCCCACGACCACCACCACCACGGAGGCUUCCAGUUCAUCAUCGUCCAGCGAUAAGAAAGUCCGGCACAGGAGGCACUACGUCAAUCGGCGCCUCAGGAAGGACAAGAAGAACAAGAACAAGAGUAGCAAGAAAAACAAGAAGGACAAGAAGGACAAAAAGGACAAGAAGGACAAGAACACCAAGAAAGUGCGACGCACUCGUCGCAGUGGUUAA